CAAGCCUACAACCACCGGUCUCCGCCGUAAGCACGCACGGCAACAUUGCGUGCAAAACCACAUGCUUCUUCCCGCUCACCGCCGUCAACACGUGAACAACCCGAACCGCCGCCAUAGUCGCCACCUCGACCCCGGCCGGCAAGAUCGAUGAUGGCUCCGACUCCGAGCAGCGUCAUCCAGGCCAAGCUGGUGCUCCUGGGGGACCUGGGCGCCGGGAAGACCAGCAUCGUGGUCCGGUUCGCCAAGGGGCUCUACUACGAGUGCCAGGAGUCCACCAUCGGGGCGGCCUUCUUCUCGCAGGCGCUGCCCGUGAGCGGCGCCGGGGGAGGUGAGGACGCCACCGUCAGGUUCGACAUCUGGGACACCGCCGGGCAGGAGCGCUACCACAGCCUCGCCCCCAUGUACUACCGCGGGGCCGCCGCCGCCGUCGUCGUCUACGACAUCACUAGCACGGAUUCGUACAUCCGAGCGAAGAGGUGGGUCGACGAGCUUCAGAGACAAGGGAACCCUCAUUUGGUGAUGGCGUUAGUGGGCAACAAGGUCGAUCUGGAAAAAAGGAGGAAGGUUGGCACACAGGAGGCGCUGGAGUACGCGGAGCGGAACGGCCUCUUCUUCCUGGAGACGUCGGCCAAGACUGCGCAGAACGUCGGCGAGCUCUUCUACGAGCUAGCCGAGAGACUGGUGAAGGUGCGGCCGAACCAUCCAGCCGGGAUGGUCCUGCACAACGACGGCCAGCGCGGCGUCAGAGGGCGGUGGUUCUGCUGCUCCGGGUGAUCGACGAUGCCGAUGCGUGUCGCGCACCGGCGGCGGCAGGGGAAGGUGCUGUGUGGAUAGGAUUCUGCGUCGUGUACAUAUGCCGCUCUCUGUGUGUACGUUGCAAGGACUCAGACUACUUGUUGCGCAUGCGUUGUGAACUGGUGAUGGUAUGACAUUUGGUUUAUGGUGGUGCA